AUGUCAUAUGCAAAUCACUCUCAGACCAACUUCACUAUUGGACAGCAAUAUCAGGAGUUACUGGGAUUAGUGUUGUUUUCCAUUCUAUCUGUAGUGCCAUGCUGCGUUUUUCUUUUCAUUAAUGGAACCAUGUUAUUCACCUUAAGGAGUAAAACUGUGUUUCGUGAGACCUCUCGUUACAUUCUUCUGUAUAACCUCCUUUUUGCAGACACUGUUCUGCUUGUACAGAGUCAGUUACUGUACAUAUUGGCUGCUUGUAGAAUAACAUUGACAUAUCCUGUUUGUGGUGUUCUCACCAUGCUUGCCAAUCUCACAUAUGUGAUCUCCCCUCUAACACUGGUGGUGAUGUGUCUGGAGAGAUAUGUAGCUGUGUGCUACCCACUGAGGCACGCUACCAUCAUCACCAUCAGAAACACAGGGAUGGCUAUCAUCGUGAUUUGGGCUUUCAGUUCACUAAAUGUCCUCAUCCAAGUUCUUCUGUUAUUAAAUUUCUCAUUUGAAGACCUGCAGAGCCUGCAGAUGAAACACUUUUGUGGCAAAGAAAGCAUGUUGCUUAAUCUAAUGUCUGAUCUUUAUGACAAAGCCUACACUGGUUUUGUGUUUGUAUCAGCUAGUGUGGCAGUCACUUGCUCCUAUGUUGGUGUGAUGGUAGCAGCCAGGUCAGCCUCCACAGACAAAGCUUCAGCUCAAAAGGCUUGUAAGACACUGCUGCUGCAUCUGGUGCAGCUGGGCCUCAGUCUCUCCUCAACUAUACACAACCCAUUGCUCAUAGCUAUGUCAAAGGUUCUAGAUAGGAUAAUAGUUGUGCGCAUCCAAAAUGUCUUUUUUUUUGUAUUAUCAUAUUUCCAAGAUGUCUAA